CUCUAUCUGUGUGAGUGUGUAGCAGCGUCGCAUUCAAGACUCGACAUCAGCAAGUCCACGCUCUCUCAGUGAGUCCCAACAUCCGAACAGCAUUUAAAUCCAGAUCCGAAUACCCAAAUACGGGGUGAUUUCCACCAUCCUCUUCAACUUCUUCAUCCCUCUUAAUCAUCAUCAAGGGUUUUUGCCAAAUCCCUUAUAAAACUGCGUUUGGCUAAUGGCUAAUGGCGCAGGUGCGGAAUCGGAUUGUCGUUUUUCCAGCUUAUGGCUCGCGCCUGACCCGAGCAAGCGAUGGGGCGAGCUCUUCUUCCUCGCCUACACUCCCUUUUGGCUCACUCUCUGCUUGGGAAUUGUCGUCCCGUACAAGCUCUACGAGAGGUUUACAGAAUUGGAGUAUCUGCUUCUGGGAUUGGUUUCAGCAGUUCCUUCUUUCUUGAUACCAUUGCUAUUUGUUGGAAAGGCUGAUAGCAGUUUGUCUUGGAAGGAUCGUUAUUGGGUCAAGGCCAGUCUCUGGAUUAUAAUCUUUAGCUAUGUUGGGAAUUACUUUUGGACCCACUAUUUCUUCACAGUUUUGGGAGCUUCUUAUACUUUUCCAUCAUGGAAGAUGAACAACGUACCACACACAACUUUCCUUCUCGCACAUGUUUGCUUUCUAUUUUAUCAUGUUACUUCAAACAUUACACUUCGCAGACUACGGCAUUCUAUUGCUGACUUGCCAGAGAAAGUUCGAUGGAUGACUGAGGCUGCGUGCAUAUUGGCUCUUGCUUAUUUCAUAGCAUACCUUGAGACUAUAGCCAUUUCCAAUUUCCCUUAUUAUGAAUUUGUGGACCGGGCAUCUAUGUACACAGUUGGGUCCUUGUUUUAUGCCAUCUACUUCAUUGUAAGCUUCCCCAUGUUUCUGAGAAUUGAUGAGAAACCUGGUGACCCAUGGGACUUGCCCAGAGUGGCUGUUGAUGCGCUGGGUGCCGCAAUGCUGGUUACCAUAAUACUUGAUUUGUGGCGCAUCUUUCUAGGACCUAUUAUUCCUGUUACAGAUUCAAAACUGUGCCUUCAACCAGGACUGCCAUGGUUUCCUGGACAUGCCAAUGAAACUUGACAGAUGAAUCUGCACAACAGUGAUGCGAGUUAACUUCCCAGCUACAGAAGUAACCAUCUUUGGAUUUUCUUCUUGUUGAUGCUCUUAACAUCUGCUGUACUAAAUUAGAUCAUUGGUUUAACUUUCCAUUUCUGGGGGAUUUUAGGCAUUGUAUCAUCAAGACAAAAAGUGCAAUUUUUUAAAAGAAAAAAAUCGCGAAAAGAUAUUAUUAGUGUGUUUUUAUAAAAUGGUGGUUUGAAAAUCUAGAAAAAAUUAUGCUUUCAAAUCACAUACAAGUACUUUUUUCAAAAUGCACGAUUUUAAAGGCUGAAUUAUGAUUCUAUCAUAUUCUUAAGUACACUUUUGGAAAUCGUGACUUCAAAUUGCAUGUUAUGAAAUAGUUAUUUUUUAAAUCACACGCAAAUUCAAAACGGACUCCUAAGUGUAACUGUUGGACUUCAAAUUUAUGUUUCCUUGAUACAACCAGUGGCACCUUACACUUCUCAAAGAACAAAUUCAUUUGUCAAGGGCUUAAACAUAUAUCCAAAGCCACAGGAUUGUUGGAUA